AUGGCUGGUCCAUCCAUCGGUUGGACGUCAACAAUGCCAUUCUUCAUGGCACGAUCAGUGAGAAUGUUUAUAUGUCUUGACCUCCAGGUGUCGUUGACCCCAACCUUACUUCUCAUGUUUGUAGAGUCCAGAAGGCUCUCUACCACCUUAAGUCGGCGCCUCGAGCUUGGUACACGAAACUGA